AUGGCAGACGAUGUGGUAAACGGCUUGGAGAACAUGAAAUUAACAACUGAAGAGGAAGAAGUGAUUGAGAUUUCAGAUGAAGGACGGAAGGAUGAGAUAGAAAGUUGCACCCAUAGCUUGAUAGGAAAAUUUUUAACGUGCAAAUCUUUUAACAAAAGGGCGGCUCUUUCCACACUGAAGAAAGCUUGGGGGCUUGAGGAACGGGUUCAGUUUAUAGAGGUGGGUUCUAACCUUCUCCAGUUCAAAUUCCAAAAAGAGUUCGAUAUGGAGAGGAUACUUCGAAGUGGGCCUUGGACGUUCGACAACCAGGCACUAAUGCUCGUCAGAUGGAAAAAGGGGAUGAUGGCUAGAAAUGUGAAAUUUGAGUCGGUCUCAAUGUGGGUCCAGAUUUAG